AGUAGUGUUCAAAAGGAUACUAUGCAAGUCGUUUAUCUGAGCAACUGACACUACUCCCUGCCUUACCGGAACUGACCACAGGAUUCCUGCACACCGGUGGCUGUUUUCUGGAACCAUGGCUAUUGCUCACGUCGCAACGGAAUAUGUGUUUUCUGACUUCUUAUUAAAGGAACAGAACGAUUCGAAGUACAAAGGGGUGCGGCUCGACCUGGCGGUGGAUAAACUAGUCACGUUCAUUGCUGUUGGCCUCCCUUUACUGCUAAUAUCUCUCGCUUUUGCUCAAGAGGUGUCCGUCGGAACGCAGAUAAGCUGUUUUGCACCAACCAACUUUUCUUGGCGCCAGGCAGCAUAUGUAGACUCUUAUUGCUGGGCGGCUGUGCAGGAUCAGCAACCAGGUGAAAAUGGGUCCAGCAGCGCCCCUCUGUGGUUGCAUAAGUUCUUUCCCUACAUUCUGUUGCUGCUGGCGAUCCUCAUGUACGUCCCUUCUGUGUUCUGGCGCCUCACGGCCGCACCACACCUCUCCUCCGACCUCAGCUUUAUCAUGGAGGAACUAGAUCGCACCUACAACCGAGCCAUCGGAUUGGCCAAGAACCUGGCCUCCAGCCUAGAAGUGCAGGAGUCUUCAGAGGAUACCUAUGGGGCUCUGGAUCUUACCGAGAGCUGCUUUAAGUACCCGCUGGUGGAGCAGUACCUGAAGACCAAGCGCUUCAGUCGGGGCCUGGUGCUGAAGUACGUGCUGUGCCGGGCGCUGACCUUGCUCACGCUGCUGCUGGCCAGCCUCUACCUGGGCUACUACAUCCGCCUGGCGUCGUCUGCCAGCAGCGACGAGUUCUCCUGCGACAUCCGCUCGGGCGUGCUGCGCCAGCGGGGGAACGACAGCACCCUGCCCGCCGCUGUGCAGUGCAAGCUGGUGGCCGUGGGCGUCUUCCGCCUCCUCAGCUACAUCAACCUGGUCGUCUAUGUGCUGCUGGCACCCGCGGUGGUGUACGCCACCGUGGCACCCAUGCGCCAAGGUGCGCACUUCCUACGGCCCUACGAGAUGCUGCCCGCAUUCGGGUCGUUGGACCUUGCCACGUCCUUCUACGACGACCUCAGCCUCUACCUGCUCUUCCUGGAGGAGAACCUGAGUGAGCUCAAGUCAUAUAAGUGUUUGCAGGUGUUAGAGCUGCUUCGGGAAGGGGGCGGAGAGGCGUUUGACACCAUGUGUCUCCUCAGAUCGCUGGGACAGGUGAAGACAGACGUGGUGGACGGCAAGAGGCCCUCUGUCAGCACACCUCAGUCAGUGAAGCCAGAGGAUGGAAGCGACAUACAAGAGCUCAAAGACGCCUCACCUCUGCUUCAGGAUGGUGGGGAGAAGACAGGCAAGACGUGCGACUGCAACAGAGAAGUGCGUCAGCGGAUUGUCUGAGCUUUCAGAAAAAAAGUACACCUUGUCUUAAUGCAUGGACCCAUCUGUCUUUGGGUGACUUUGUGUAUCAUGUACACAAGAGAGGGAGACUUGUAGAGAAGACCUUGUUUACAGGGUGUUUAGUUAGUCUUAUAAUUUACAGACAGCUGCCACUCAAUGCUGCAGUCAAUAUUUGGAUAGACAGGUACAAACUGAGAGAGAGGGCGAGAGCUUGUGAGUCAAAUGAUGUUAUGUGCACUGAUUAUGUUUACUGUAAUAGUUCUCUGCUAAACUUGAAUUGUACAUCGGGUGUCUGAAGUCCUUAGCAAGUAUGCAUUCCCUUAGAAAACCAAAUUUCUUGUAGUCUGCAAACACAUGUUGCUGAUUGAAUUUUUCAAAAUGUGAACAUGUUUAUGUGAUGAUGAUUACGGCAAUGACAAUGAUGAUGAUUAUUAUCCUAAUAGUUUGCGUGUGUGAGUGUGUUUGAGAGAGAGACAGGCAGAGGGAGAACUCGGGAGGAGAAACUGGGGGAGGGGUAUGAUGUCAUAUGAAUAACAAAAUGUGAAUGCUGUUGAAGCAUAUUUUAAGAUGUGAUGCAAAUUACUAUUUAUGUUUUAGAACUGGCUGUAUGACUUACCUUAGAAGGAGUACAAUGUGUACUUGCUGCAAUACAUUGUUUUAGGGGGGGGGGGGGGGGGGGUUCUGUUGUUUGUCAGGCAUAUCUAUGUUAGUGUUUUGAAACAUGUUUUUAUAUUAAUUAUUAUUUAAACUCAUCCAAACUAGGGGCAAGAACGAUCAAAAUCGUUAAAACUAGAGUUAGAACACUAAAGUUAGAACACUAUAACUAUUGGGCAAACAUCUGUAUCAAAGUAAACCACAAUAAAUAAUCUGGAGAGUCUACAGUCUACAUUCAUUAGGUCUUCUGGACCAGGAGAAGAGAAAGGUAAACUAAUGGCUUUAGAAACAAUCAUUGGCUACAGUUUCUUUAAGGUUAUUGAGGUAAAAAGACACAGGUCUUUCUCUGUAGGGAUCAUUCCAUGUUGUCUGACACAUAUAAUAACAUUUUGAGCCUGUCGGUGGCAUAACUUUGACGCAAAUGGUUGCCGCAGAGGAUUACAUAGUAUAGCCAUUUUGCCGUUGCCGGUUAUUGCGUCCUAACUCAAUACUGGACCGAUUUCGAUCGUUUUUGUCCCUGGUAAAAGAUGGGAAAAUAGGGUUGAGAUUAAAAAUACCGGAGUUCUCCUUUAACUGAAUUGAUCUUUUGUGUCAUAUAAGAGGUCACAGGUGGAGUGUUUCAGCCAGUGUUCUUUUCAAACUCUUUUCACCAUCUCAAAAGUCAUUUCACAGCAAUAUUGAAUGUGGAACCAAAAUGUAAUUGUAAUGUAGCAGUUUAAAGACAUGCUUUGAACCAUCCAACAAUUAAGAACUUAUUUAGCAUGAUAUCUGCACUGUGCAUGUUAGUGAACGUUUUGUCUGAUGCAAAAACACAAAGUAUACAUGUCUGUAACUAAUAAUUUACAUUUACUCACCAAGAAAUGAUCUGGCUAUUUAUCUAAAGGCAGAUGCUUUCAAAGCAUACAUGCAUGUUGUGGGUCAGGAACUACUAACUGUAUGAAGUGACUGCUACACUGCUAAAUGACAAAAAACAUGUCAUUGGUUUGGUGCAAAUCACUGGUCCCUAACUGACAAGGAAAUUAACUCUUUCUAUAGCAAAGCACUGUGUUGUAUUGCCUGUGUCUAACUCCUGUGAAAAGUGUUUGUUGAAUGAGUACAUACUGAAAGGGUGUGGUAGUCGUACAUAGAUCAUGUUUUCAACCUAUGCUCAGGAGAAUCUUUUUUAUUUUAGCUAGCUUUCAGUUUUGUUAUCAGGAUGAACACUCAGAGAAUUACAAAAUAAAUCUUCAAUUCAUAA